UAUUGUACAGCUCGUUUCCAGUCCAUUCAAUCUGUCGACCAGCCAGCGAGCCUCCUGAUCGAUCCCCACCGCUUCCUCCUCCUCCGUCCCCGAGAUCUCGAUCCCCACCGCGCUAUGGCCGCCGCUUCUUCCCCCACGUCUCCGCCGCCGGUGACCGACGCCGCCGCGCCAGGCCUCCCCGACCUCUCGGUCCCCUACGACCUGGCCACGCGGGGGCAGUGGCAGGCGCUACUCUCCCACCUCUCCCACCCCUCCCACGCGCCCCAUCCGCACCACCGCCUCCUCCUCUCCGCGCUCUCCGCCCUCUCCCUCUCCAAGCUCCGCCGCUUCCCCGACGCCGCCGCGCUCCUCGCUUCCCUGCACCCCGACCCCGCCUGCCCGCCGCCACCCUUCCUCAUCCGCCUCCUCCACGCCCUCCUCCCUCUCUUCCUCCCCGACCGCCCCCUGGCCCUCGACCGCCUCUACACGCUCCUCUCCUCCGUCCGCGCCCGCCCCAACGCCGGACACCCCGAGUGGCGCCGCCGCGACGCCGUCGUCGCGUCCUUCCUCGCCGCCGACCACCUAGCCCACCGCGAGUUCGACGUCGCCCUCUCGCUCCUCGCCGACAUCGCCACCCGCAACCCGAGCGACCCGGUCCUCCUCUCCCGCCUAGCAUACGCGCACCUCCAGAUUGGCAACCUCGCCGCCGCCUCCGCCGCCUUCCGCCACGUGGAGUCCGUGGCCGCCGCCGCCGACCCCGCGCGGUACGUCAACCUCCUCGCCCGAAACCGCGCGCUCGAGUGCAUCGUGGCCAAGGACUACGCGGCUGCGGUGCGGGAGUACGAGCGCUGCAUCGAGUCCGACCCCGCGGACGCCGUGGCCCUCAACAACAAGGCGCUGUGCCUCAUGUACUCGCGGGACCUCGGCGACGCCAUCAAGGUGCUCGAGGGUGCGCUUGAGAGAGUACCCACGGCGGCGCUCAGCGAGACGGUGGUGGUCAACCUCUGCAGCAUGUACGAGCUGGCCUACGUCAACCACGGCGAGGUCAAGAGGAGCCUCGCCGAGUGGAUCGCCAGGGUCGCGCCCGACGAUUUCGACACCUCCUGCACGCGCAUGUAGGAGGCACUGGUAUUGAAAAAAAAAUAGCUUUGGAUUAUUGGAUACCCUGCUGCUAUGUUCGCUCGAUGGGCUGUGGCACAUACUGAACUUGAUUGUCCAUGUUUCGAUGGCUUUUAACCUAUUUCUUUGGUAACAAUUGAAGUUGUGAGGCGAUUGGGUAUACUGUAUACAUCUUUCAAAAGAAAGAGUAAAUUGUACUAGAAGACAA